CCUGUGCCCGGGAUGAGCCUGGCCAGCGGCGGUGGAUGUGUACAGAUCUCGUCGCCCUAACGCUCCACGCUUUUGCGAUCAGGGAGGUGCGCGCCGUGCGCGGGCGCACCCUGGCGGUGGAGGCCGACCCAGAGCUGUGCGCCGCGCACAGGCGAAACCUGCCCUGGAUCCACCUGGCGUGCACGCGCCUCACCACGUCGAACCUCGGCGCCCUCGUGGAGGAGGCCUUCCCCGCGGCCUCGGGGGCACGGCUGGCCCUCGACGUGCUGAAGAUUCCCCGUGGAGCUGGGCCACGAGAUCGUAACGUAAUGUCCACGGGUAGCGCGUUGAUCAUCGUAUGGCGCUGAACGAGAAGUGCCGAGCGCAAGGUGGACCUCGACUCGUACGAGGGCCCGGUGGUCGAGGAGUGCCUGGCGGGCCUGCGCCUGCGCCCGAAGCUGGUGCUCGUCGAGGUCAACGCGGGCGUCCCCCCGCCGGAGGGUGCCUCCCUGCCGCGCGCAGCGCCCAGGCCCGCGCGCACCUGCCAGAGGUGUCGCUCGCCCGCGGCGGCGGCGCGCCGAUGGUCGUCAACGCGCCGAUGGCUGGCGUGUCGCUGUCGUGGCUGGUGCGGCGGCUCGCGCCCCUCGGCUACGGCCUGCUGGAGCUCGGCAGCCCGGACGCCGCCUUCGCGCGCGGGGACGUGCUGGCCGCGCUGGGUCGGCGCCCGCAGGACGAGUUCGCAGCCUUCUCGCGCAGCUGGCUCGACACGCACGGCUUCGGGCGCAGGCAGCUGCGCAGGUGGCUGUUCGAGCUGGGCGAGGAGGAGGCUCAGGCGGAGCUUCGAGAGCAUCUGCAGGGUUGGAUGCGGCACCACCUCGGCCGGGAACUGCCGUUUGACCUGGUCUACCAGCCCGUCGCGCCCGACGCCAAAACAGACGAAA